AUGAAGGGUAAGCAGUUCCCGAUUAUCAGCAAUUCUGCGACAACUGGACACAAUUACAGGGAUAUACUGCAGUGUGGUUAUUGGUACAAUUCAUGGCGAUACUGUCAAAACUGGGCUUACGUGGUGUUAUCAAGGGUGCGAACCAUGAGUGGUUUGUUCUUAUUGAAGAAGCUGGAUUGGGAUCCAAAGAACUUUGCCAUGCCACAACGAAUGAGAGACAUGCUUGCAAGAUUUAAGGAUACUAUUGGGCUUUCUGUCCUAGGAGAAGAUCAAUACGAUGAAAUGUUCCAGCGAGAAGACGGGUUCUUGUUAUAA